AUUUUAUUUGUUCUGAUAUCGUCUGCACAGACACAGAUAAACUGAAGCAUUUAAUAUUUGUGCAAUCUGAAAAGAAAAAAAAAAUCAAUUGUGAUCCCUGCAGGUCAAAAGAUGGAAAGACAGGCAUGUAAACAAAAUCCCACGUCAGCAUGAGCAGAGGAAUUUCUAGAACAGAGGCAAUCUGGAAGAAAUUAUUUAAAAUUAUCGCCAAAAUAAAAGUCAUGUCUAUCAUUUAGAGAAGAAAACAAGAUUAAUUUCAAUGUAUCGUAGUGGGCUUUCAAAAUAAAUAAAUCAUAUUUAUAUUUUGCGACAAUUCUGACAUAAUCGGAUGAGAUUUUGCUUCAAAACGAAAUGUGCUUUUAUUAUGACAUGUUGGAGUGUAACCGGAAACCUUCAGUGAUUCAGAGUUUCUAGUUGAGAUUGAGAGCAUCAAAUGGAUUCGAGUUAGUUUCGUCUUUCUGUUGUGAUUGUGUAUGUAUGUAAAUUAGCUGUAUGGAAUAGAUUUGAGAGAGACUAAUAUGACUGUCCAUCACGAGUCGGAGCCGAAACUGUACCGCUACAGCAGGAUAUUGUGCGGCGUCUCCACUCACGUCCUGUGCGCGCUGUUCACCGGCUUCAUGACGGUACUGGCCAAACCUGGAUCCAGUCUGUUCUCAUGGCAUCCGUUCCUGAUGACUCUUGGUUUUUCCUUUCUCAUGACUGAAGCCGUCCUGCUGUUCAACCCGUACUCGUCUCCCGUCAGGAAGCUGAAGCACAAAACUAAAGGCCGCCUGCACUGGAUCCUGCAGUGUCUGAGCCUCUGCUGCGCGACCGCGGGUCUGUGCGCCAUCAUUUACAACAAAAACCUCAACGACAAGCCACACUUCACCUCGUGGCACGGGUUGGUCGGUGUGAUCACGGUGGCGGUCGUCGGGCUGCAGUCGCUCGGAGGACUUCCGCUCCUCUAUCCCAAAGUGGCCAAAGGCUGGUCGCUGGCCAAACUGAAGCGCUACCACGCCACCUCAGGGUUACUCACGUACCUGCUGGGCAGCUUCAGCUUGUUCCUCGGACUGUGUUCGUCGUGGUUCAGCACCAGCGUGAGCGGGUCCGUGUGGUACCUGGCCGUCCUCUGCCCGGUUCUGUGCGCUCUGGUCAUUAUGAGUCAGGUGACGAACGCUUACAUGGCCCGGAAACGAGUGCAGUACUGAAACACACAUUCAAGCUUUCUAAACAGGUUCAUCUGAAAUGAUGCAGACAUUGUGAACCAGAAUUUCAUGGUACCCUUCUAACGUUGACAGCUAAUGAAAAUAUUGUAAAGUGUCAUGCUCAGCUGCAUGACGGAGAUGAUGAUACUGAUUGCUUUCCAGCUACUUGUAAUUUUUAUUAUUGCUAUAUAGAGUGACCAAAACAAAUGUAUUUUUGUAUAACAGUUUUAUAUUCUUGAACACAUUUCAGCUGUAUUGAUGGCAUAUUCUUUUUGUGCAAAUAUUUUUGGAAAUGACUGAAGGCAAUGACUGAUUUUUCUUAAUUGUAAUGAUAAAACAAGUGGUUUAUUCAAUUAUUUGUUAUUCUAUUGAUGCAUGUGAACAUAAUGUUUUAGUUUUUGCAUUUACUAGUGCCAGUCUGCCCUUUCUGUUCAUGCAGAUCAUGAAAGAAAACAUUCAUGCCUUUGUACUGUAACUGAAAACGUAUAUUUGUGAUUAAUAUAAUAUAUAAAUUAUUAAAAUAUAUUAAUAUAUUAUGUUGAAAGCAACCAUUUUUACUUAAUGGCAGGCAUCAUUUUUUUUGUUUAUUAAAAUGUACAAAAUCUUUUGUUCAAAUAAAUUUCAGAUCAUGUAUGGAAA